AUGCAGGCCAUCAACGAGACUGUCAUCUUGGACGGCGACGUCACGGGCAAUGGCACCGUCUUGGGCAUCCCGCUGAGCCUCAUCGAGACCGAGCGAGGCUAUUUCCUCUUGGUGGCCGCGCUGGCCGCGCUCUUCGCGUCGGCGCUCACGGCCUUUAGCAUGUACCAGCACUUGCGCGCGUACACGCGGCCGCAUCUGCAGCGGUACAUCCUGCGCAUCUUGCUCAUCGUGCCCGUCUACGCAGUCGGGUCGUUUCUCUCGUUCAAGUUUGUGCACCAAGCCGCGUACUUCAACAUCGUCCGGGACAUGUACGAGGCCUUUGUCGUGUACAGCUUCCUCAACCUCGUCCUCGCCUUUGCCGCAAGAUGGUGUCCGAGGCCGAGAUCCCGCACCCGUUUCCUUGGCUACUGCUGUUCGCCCAUGGCGCGCGACGGUCGGCUCCUCCGCAACUGCAAGAAGGCGACGAUCCAGUUUGUGUUUCUCAAGCCCUUCAUGGCCGUCCUCUCGCUGCUCAUGCUUGCAGUCGGCGCGUACGAAUCGGACGGGUUUCAAUGGCUUCUCUGGAUCGUCUACAACGUGAGCUACAGCAUUGCACUCUACGGACUCCUCGUUUUUUACCUCGCGACCAAGCACAUUCUCGCACCGUUCUCGCCCGUCCUGAAAUUCUUCGCCGUGAAAAGUGUCAUUUUCUUGACGUUUUGGCAGACGCUGCUCAUUGACGACUUUCCUGACAUUUCCAAGGAGCAAGCGUUUGCUUGGAACGACUUUGUGCUCGCGCUCGAGAUGGCGCCGGUGGCCAUCAUGUAUUUUUUCUCUUUUGGGGCGAGCCAAUUCCGGAACACGUGCGAAGCGAUUCCGGCGUCCGAGGUCGUCAAAAACAUGAAGGAAGUGCUGAGCGUCCAGGACAUUGUCGCCGACGCGUACCAUAAUUUUAUGCCGAGCUACCAAGACUACAUGCUCCAACGCGCCGACGACGAGUUCCCAGAGAAGAUCCGGACCCAAACCUUUCUCGCAGGCAACCUCGACGCCCCCGUGACGACGAAAGAGCAGCGAGGUGACGACGCCGGGCUGCGGGUUGCUCUCGACGUCGUCCAAAGCGAGGAAGACAAGCCGUUGGCACCGUCCACCACCUCGGAAGCCUCGACGGUCUUACCGGAUGACGGCGAUGAAGAAGAGACGGUCGUCCAAGCACCCAAGCAGGUGCUUUCACCCCGGAUGAUGUCACCGCGCACACCGUCGAUGCUCGACUUGGAGGUGAAGAAGGAGUCGAUUGCGAUGCCGUACUCCAUGUCGGACGAGGACGAAGACGAGACGCUUCUGGAUACCCCUCGGCGCCACUCGGACAAGUCGAGUCUGCUCAACUCGUAG